GGUUUGCAAAGCAGAUCUUGCUGCGCAUGCCACACUUCCAGGCGUGAAAGGCGAGGAUGCAACGCCAGAAAGCUCGUGUUGCGAUCAUCAUUGUCGUCGGAUUGCCUUCGGUCGCCACUGGCGCUGCAGAUGAUGCUGGUCUUCGUCACUGGAAUCACACAGUGCGUGCCUCGCUCCUCGAUGACAACUGCAAUGUACGUACUACAUGUAAAUUCAUCGCAACCGCGUCGACCAGCGAUGGAAGCGCUGCUCCAACGCUUUAUCGCCGCAUUGACCUUCACGAGGACAACGCCUGUGAAGCCAUCGCGAGCAGAAGCGCCUAUGCGCGACGCUGAGACUUUCUCAGGACUUGGCUGGCUCGCAUGCGUCGCUGUUCGAUUGUGAGUCAGCUCUCUUCGCUCGUAAACGCGCGCUUCGCGUCUGUCGUGACGGGGACGCGGUGCAAACGAGCCUUGCUUCAUGCGCACGCCAACGCCAACGCUUCCUCGCCGCAACAGAAAGUCCCGCCGGGGAUUGUCGUCACAUUUCGCGCCAUGCUAAUCAGAAUUUUGCCUUGAAAAGUCGCGACUACGAAAAUGGUCACAGAAUACUGUCCUUUAUCUGCUCACGCCAUGCACGGGAGUGACCCAACAAACACAACGCGAUGUCUCCGCAAUGCGCCGGCUUGUCCGAACAUGCAUGGUCUUCGCAAGCUCCCCUUCAAGAAUUGAGGAACUCGCUGCUGUUGCCAGUCAUGUGGCGCCAACGGUAACGCUGGGCUCUAUGGAAAGUCGCUGCGAUCAUGAUCAAGACACUCGUUCGUCCGGCUUUCAUCCUUGAGCACUGCAGUCUGCGGAUGCAGGUCCGGUUUCCGAGCGUCAUGAUAACGAUACGGAGGAUCGUGCGUGCGGCUUGCUUUACUAUGCAUUCAAGGCAUGCAGUGUAUUGCAGAUUGCAAUUUGCAGUGCCCCGUACUGUGGACAGACCCGCCCAGACGGCCGCCGAUGACUCCGUCUAUUCUUCAGCGCGGGAUUAGCAGCUUGACUCACAGUCAAUCACAGCAGCAAUGCCCGGAGGAAAGAGUCACUUGCAGUGGAAUUGGCGAAAAUGGGGGACAGGCACCCGGGGCCUGCCCCUGCACUUUUGGUUUUCAUCUGACCGCCUUUUGGCACCGGCCACGGCCAAGGCAGAGAAGGGGGUGCGACAACUGGAGGACAUCGAGCAUCGAGCACCAAGAUUCUUGGUGCUCGGCAAGAAUUCUCACAGGCUUCUUGGUGAAUCGAAGCGCAAAAGAAAAAGUGUCCUCUCUUUUUCAAUAGAGCAACUGCGUUUCGCGCCAAGCAGCUUCGGGCCCAAAAUGUGUACUCGGCAAACAAGGCAGCUCUGCGGCAAGCACUUGUUCGUUGAAGUGCGUCUCGAAACAAACCAAAACGACCUCGGCGACAAGCAGCAGCGCUGUUCAGGUGGUCGUUGACGGAGAUCAAGCGAAACCAGAUUUUUCGCAUCAUUUUCUCACUUGGAAAAACAAGAAAUUUGUGACCAUCCGACUGUCAAACAUAAUGCUACCUCAGCAAUCGUGUCGGAACAUUCUCACUGCUUUGGUGGCUGCUAGAUCUGAUUUCACUGCGAGAAUGCAUACAUGAGUACUAUAUCUCAGAGGGUUCAGUUUGCCCAACUUUUGCGCAACUUCGAAUACUUUCUCGCUACUUCUUUGCGCAAAUUGAGG